GUUUUUGCAUUGUCAUCUACUUUGUGAGCAUGGACAAACAACAUUGGGUCGAGGACGGCGAAAACGGAGGUAUGGGAGGUUCUCGCCACAGUUCCCAACAAUCGGCGCAGUAUCAGGGCUUGCACUUUGUUCCGCCAUCCACCCACUUGUCCAUGCUGAGUCAAGACACUGACAAGUUCGGUGUCCCUCCUACCUUCACCGCGGCUGUUGGGCAACUGCCGGCAUGGAGGAACGAUCCGCCUGGCCUCCGAGAUGUGCGAUCGAGUCAUGUACCUUUCUACCAUGCUCGAGAUGACCAUGGGGGCGUGGUCGGCCGCGGCAAUUUGUCUGGCGCUGUGUACUCACAACCGACUGCCACUCACAUGCCCAUGCACGGGGGCAGCACGACCGGUGCAGGCAGUUUCACAGCGGCACUUUGCGGGGAGUAUGAGGAGCCAUUCUCUGGUGGUCUCCCUAGACAGAUCCAUGGACAAAACGACUUUUCAACAUGUGGGGCACAAACUGGGAAUGGGCAGAAGACAUUGCCACAGGGAGGAACGUCGGGGCAUGGGCAAUUACAUGCGACGACGGGGGCGAACGUGGACAGUGGCAGUGGUGUGCGUGAAGGGAAGGCGUGCUCUCGUGCAGCCCCCCAGCAGGUCACAGUGGAGGUUGGGUUGUCCGAGUCCGUCGAUCGUCUGGGUGGCGGCUUGCCACCGACCAGCCAUGGUGAUGGAAGGGGGCGAGGUGAAGGGCGACAAGGCACAAGUGACAGCAGUGGACAAAGCGGUCGGGCAAGACAGCCGACACGGGGAGGACAUGGCAGAGGAGGGUGUACUCCACCACCACCUGCAUGCCCUUCGGAGGCGAGUGGGAGUGGAAAGGACGUAGGCGGGCAAGAGACCAAUGACAACCCGACACCAGUUAACGAGGGAAUGCAUGUGUCCGCCAGGCACAAGUGCAUGAAGAAGGGGGAGAGACAAGAGUGGGUGUCUGAGUGCAUGAAAGAGGAAGGGAUGAUGAGGUCCGCCAAGAAAUGCAGGAAAAAAUGGUUUAACCUGGGACAGAAGCUGAAAUUGCUUGUGGAUAAGGUGGGGCGGUCAGGCCAUGAAUCAUAUUGGGAUAUGACCGAAGAGGAGAGAGAGGCCGAAGGUCUUUACACCACAUUCGAUCAACGUCUUUGGCAGGCGAUGGAGUGGGUGUUACAAAGACCGUCUGAGAAAUGUGAUGAAGCCAUGAACUCAGACACCAUGGGUGGAGCUGAAGCAGAAGGGACGGGGGGAGGUUCAGGUGAGCAAGCAGGGUCAGACAAAGGAGGGUCCGACACACCGGGUAGUAGGUCGAAGUUCAGGCGAACAAAUGGCAGCAGAGUCCAUGUUGGAGAUGACCCAUCUUUUGUGUCGUCUGUGGGAGCUGCCAUGGUUGUGUCCACACAUGUGUACGUGGACCAUUUAGAUAGACCCGCGGCGACGAUUGCUCAGGCGAACAAGGAAGGUGCCACCAUCGUCACCGGGAGCAUAGGCGAAAUGGCGACGCAGAUAGGUGCAGUCGCAUCAGCCAUGGGUGAAGGGAACAUUGUGCUGCAGCUCCUGGUUGGUGUGAUGGGUGCCCGGAAUUGGGACGGACCGUGGAGUACCGGGCGGGUGUAGGGGCACCGAUCCUUCAAAGCGGUGGGUAGUGAAGAGGCUGGUAACAAACGGUACAGGGUACA